AUGGACAACAUGGCCACGAUGUGUCUGGGUCGCUAAUUUUGGAACGCUAAACAAAACAUUGAAAAACAUCGAAACCCUUAAGAACAAUGGGUUUAACACAGAGCAGUGGUGGACCUGAGGGGGGAACAGAAGGAUAUCAUGUCCAUGGAAUUCAAGAGGACUCACCAGCGGAGAAAUCUGGUUUGGAGCCCUUUUUCGAUUUCAUCAUAUCCAUUGGCAAUAAUCGUUUUAGCCAGGAGAAUGAAAUUCUCAAGGACCUCCUCAAGGCUAAUGUGGAGAAACCGGUGAAGAUGGAAGUGUAUAGUACAAAGACCAUGAGGAUCCGAGAAUUGGAAGUGGUUCCCAGCAACAUGUGGGGUGGUCAAGGACUUCUGGGAGCCAGUGUCCGCUUCUGCAGGUUUCAAGGAGCCAAUGAAAAUGUUUGGCAUGUUCUCGAUGUGGAGCCAAAUUCACCAGCAGCAUUGGCCGGACUCCAGGAACAUUCGGAUUUCAUUGUUGGAGCUGACCAGGUUCUCCAAGAUUCAGAGGAUUUCUUCUCCCUAAUUGAAGCCCAUGAGGGGAAACCACUGAAGCUGCUGGUCUACAAUACAGAGACGGAUAAAUGCAGGGAGGUGGUUGUCACACCAAAUGGUGCCUGGGGGGGAGAAGGCAGUCUUGGCUGUGGCAUUGGAUAUGGCUACCUGCACCGAAUCCCAGCUCGACCUGACAGCCCAAAAUCUGUAAGAGUCAGUCCAAAAGCUUCUCCUGUGGUAGGAACGCCAGAGCAAGAACUUCCUACAAAUGGAUUUACAGAGGUGUCCUUAAUGGCGUCCAGUCAGUCAAUGAGUGGCUUGGAUCUUGAUACCCCACUGCCACCUCCCAUUCAGAGAGUCAUGGAUCCUGGUUUCUCGGAUCAGUCAGAAGUGGCCAUGAUGAAUUCGGAGGUGUCAGACAUGACAGAACGACUGGACCUAUCCACUUCUUCCACUGACAUGACAAACACAUCCCUAGCUGUCAUUGUGGAGGACAUUGUGUCAGUUGUCGAGGAGCUUCAAGACAGUGAGGUUCCUAGUCGUAACCCUGAGGAGCAAAAUACAGAGUAUCCUGCUGUGGAUUUCAGUUCUAUUGCACCACCUUCAGAUGUUCCUCCUCCCCUUUCUCUCCCAUACUCUCUUCUCCCAAAUCUGCCUCUUGAUUAUAGCAUACCCACAGACAUGGCAUCUUUAAUGAAUUCUUCAAUCCCAUCUCUCGACUCUUCUGUGCCUCCUAUAGACAUCUCUUCCCUGCUCAUUGACCCCGCCGCCCUUCAUCUCGAGUCAUCUGCCCCACCUGCAGAAUAUCCCGUGCAGUCGAACGAGUCCUCAGCUUUCCCCUCAGAAACUGAUGGUGUCAAUCAGGGCUUUUCUGAUGUGCCACAGUCUCUGAAGAGCAGCUUGUCUGAGGGCAGAGCAGAAGCCGUAUCCUCUGACCUGAUGUCUUUUGAUUCCCAUAAUGCACAUGUCAAAGAUGAAGCUGCUCCUCAGUAGCGUCUCUACCAAGUACUACCUUGUGUCUUGUUUACGCAGUUGCUCAACAAUCAUCAGGUGGUGUCUUUUAAUGGCUUUGUUACUGUUAGGAUCAGGUGUGGGCGAAUUGGUAUUGAGUGUGUUUUUUAAAACAGUUGCGAGAAAUUUACGUUUUAUUUUGCGUCUAGUAGUCAUGAUUGUAGGUUGUUGGAAUGUGUGUAGGGGGUUGUCUUAAAUUGUGUAGAUCUUAAUUUAGAAGAUAAUGUUUUAUGUUACUAAAUUGAAACCUUUUUAUAUAGCUUGAUUAACUAAAACUGCUUAGAUUCCUCUACCAGUUUUAAAUCCCACAAAAAGUGGAAAGUAGCACCUGAAACCUUUAUUUAAUUGACUUUGUUUUAAAUAUUUGUAGUAUUUAUUUAGCUACGACACAAACCCUCAUGGAUUACUGUGUUAAUCUGAACACAGUGUAGAAUAUAUACAUAGAGCUAAUGACAAAAUAUACACAAAGGAACACUGUGACAAAAUAAAUCAUUUUGUCUAGAAAAAGCAUUACGUUUUUGGCUUACUUUGUUACAUAUUUUGGAACCUGUUUGGGUUUUAUUGUGUGUUGUGGGAAUGUUUUAACAAAGUACAAAUAUUUAGUACUGGGCAAGGGUUUUGUAUUUGUUUAGUUUAGCAUACUAAAAUCUUCCUGGCUAAUUAGAUUUUUGAAAUUAUUUUGAUGCGAGUUUAGAAUUUUUCAACCAAAAUAUUUAAUUGAAAUCUUUGCUAAUUAGUCUUCAUUCGUAGUGAUUUAUGUGUACUUGAGGAUGAAAAGCAUAAUAUUUAUGUUUCAAGUUUUGUUGAAAACAGUUAACACUAGAGAAAUGUUGCCACAGUAAAAUGUGCUUUUCAUGUAAUUUAAUAAUCUAUGCAAAUACAGGUAUUGUAUAAAUGCCAAUGGAAUUUCUGUGGUAUUAAUAUUGAUAUUAGUGUUGAAGCGAAACGAGGCUGCUGAACGAGC